AUGACCUUUUCUCUAUUUUCAGAAUUUCAUAGAACGAUCAGUUACUUAAAUACUGAUGUAUUCGUCCUAACCGAGACUUAUAGGAGGGCUGUUGGAAUUUUAGAAACACAAGGAUGGAUUACACUCAUUGGACCUCCUGGAUCUGGUAAAACCAUGACUGCUGUUCAACUGGCUAAAAGAAAACUUGGUUGUUCAGGUUCAGCUCAAGGAAGGAAGUGCACUUUUUACUUUUGCAAAUCUCUCAGUGAGAUUUCUGGACUAAGUAAUGCCAAAAUAGAGCCAUACAUUAUUCUGGAUGACUUCAUGGAGCAGUAUAGAUAUUAUCCCUCAAAACUAUCAGAGGAUAAAGAUAAUUUUGACCAAAUCUUCAAAGAGUUCAUAAAUACAGGACUAGUUCACGUAAUUUUAACCAUCAAGGAAGAUACAUGGAAGAUCUUUUCAAAGGAUGCUCUAUAUUUGGAGAUUUUUAAAUCAAAUACACAUUUGAAUCUUAAAGAAAAACCAUUGACUGCAAAAGAAAAGGAGUAUAUGUUAAGAAAUCAUCUAAGAAUAAACCACAUUGACGUAGCAACUAAUAAGAAAGAAGAAAGUCUAAAGCAAGGCCAAGAAGAUUCUCGAAAAAUGAAUAUCAUUCAAGACAUUGUUACCGAUUUAAACGGUGAGUCUGCAAUAGUAAUUCACAAAGACACAAUACAGAAAAUCACUCGUGAUUUAAAAGAUGACUUUACAUUUUCUGUCCCAGUUAUAAUUGACUUAAUGUGUGUUAGCAGAUACAUGAUGAAAAAUCGUGAUCACAUAUUGUCCAAGACAUUUAGAGAAACUUUAAAAAUACAUGUAACAAAAUGGAUGAAAUCUGAAAAAGAUGACGACAAGAAAAGUAUCUGUGUGGUUCUCUUUGUUGGUUUGUGUGGUGGAGUAGUGUCCUUAGACGAUUUCCAUAGAAAUAUGAAAGGGAAGGUCUAUGCAAAUGUGUGCAAGAAAUAUAAGGUUGAACCAUGCGAUCGACUGGAAGUUGAAAAUAUGAUGAAAAAGAAUGCCCGUGUACGUGCAUUCGUUUACUCUGAGACAAAUACAUCUGAUACAUAUACGUUCCAUCAUGAUUCUCUUCUUGAUUUCUUUCUUUUUUACGUUUGUGCUGAUGAUGAAAAUUUUUUUAUUGAGAAUGCAGAUAUAGAUUAUAUAUUAAGUCGAUGUAGCUUGCCAGAAGAGAAAAUAAAGCAGAGGAUUGCAAAAACAAUAGGACCUACUCUAGAAAAUGUUGAAUUGAAAGCAAUAGAUAAAUUGGUAGAUAGGAUUCGUGUGGAAAUAGAACAAGGGCAUUCUAUUCCAAAUUGGAAAAACCAUGUUUUCCGAAAUCAUGAGACUUUUAAUAACAAAUGGAAUAAUGUGUCAAGUGCCUCUAACUGUGAGAAGUCGAAUACAAUAGGAGGAGAUCCUCGUGUUGAAGAAGCGAAGACAAGAAAUAGAAUUAAUAAGAGAAAUACGCAAGACUUUCAUGCAUUUUAAAAAGAGGAAGAAAUGCUUUUAAAAUAUCGAUGUAAUGGAAUAGAAGCUUGCAAGAUAUAAAAUACAUAAUAUGCUUCUUAUAUAACCUCAGCCAAAGUAUAAAUUAAUUGGUUUAAGGAAAUUCGCAAAGUUCCUGGUUAUCGUAUAGAAUUUUUCAAGAACUCUUGAGUAGGUUUAAUUGUACUAAACAGGCUAUAUUCUGGAUCGUUUAACCUACCAAUCCAAAAAACACAGUAUGAUUUCUUGAACAGAAUUCUGAUUGGGCAAUUUUAAAACGGGGCAAAAUUGUUUCCAAUUGUGAAAGGGCGAAAAUAAGACGGGGCGAAAAUAACCCUGUAUACAGUAUAUACAUUAUAUACAUUAUUGUAUCUUCAUUUCUUAUGACUUCUAGAAAUUUUGGCUGAAAAUGUAUAUAUCGGAACAAGACAUGGAUAUACCGGCACCGAUCAUUAUUUCUGAGUUGCUUCCCUUAACAGCUAAUUUUUUUUUUAGUUUUUAUUUUUUCAUCUUAAUACAAACAUACUGCAUUACUUAAUUUUUUUCUUUUUUACACACC